AUGGGAGGUGAGAGGGGGAUUAACCGCCGAACUAAGGGGUUAAAGGGAGGAAAUGAGAGAGGUGAAGCCAGGGGGAAUUUGUCUGUGGCGGGGGAAGAAGGGGAGGGAUUGAUAGGUGGGGUGGUGAGAGGGGGAUCAACUGAACAAGAUGAUGGCCUCAUCGUGACCUAUAUGAUAGCAGUGAUGGCAAUACUUAGGCAUUUUCUCAUAUUCUACUUGGAGAGCCACUUGUGUUUCUCCAAAUUGAACUAUGAUUUUGGGUGGCAGGGGGGAUUCAAGAUUGAUCCCAACACAAAUGCGCGCGAAGUUGAGUCUAGAUUUGGAGAGAGUGGCGUUGUCGGCUUUAAGGAACUCUCCGAAAAGAGAACCAAUGAACAUUAUAUUAUCAAAACUAAGAAGAACGUGGCGGGCGUUAAGAUAAAGAACUUGGCAAUGAAGGCCGAUAUUAGCAAGAUAGGAGCGAAUAAUGCCAUUAGUAGGCCGGCCAAAGGAGAAUUUACCGACAAGGGAGAAACAGAAAUCGUCGGCCACCGUGUUGCUCUCGGGGAGGGAAAAAAUAGCUUUUGGGAUGCUGUUGUCCAACUCGAUGGUCCUGAACUUGGGAGCACUAGGAGAUGGAACUUGGUCGCUCGUGGUGGCACCCUAGGGUCGCUGGACUCGGCGCGGCUGGGACGCGGGCGCGUGGUGAAGAAAAAACAAAAAAAAAAGAUGCAUGUCAUAUUUUCCUUCCUAUCCGCCAAACCCCCGCCCCAAGCUAGCUCCAUUCCUCGCGCCGCCGCAUCCGCCUCCGCCUCGCUCAAGCACCGUCGCCUCGCGGACGAGAACGUCCGCCGAUCAUCUCCCGCCGUUUCGUUCGUUCGGUCCUUGGUGAGGAUAUUUGAUCAGCCACAGAGGUGCAUAGUGCAGGGCGAUUUGCAGAUUGGGACUGUUCAAGAGGUGAAUGUGAAAUCGAGGCUUCCGACGAUGACCAACAAGGACAGAUUGGAGCUGUUGGAUGAUGAAGAAGAAGUGAAGACGGAAGGAUUAAUUAUCAAAUUAAUUAAUUUAAUUAAUUAG